AUCAUCCUUGUAGCAAAGGCAUAGCGAGAAAAUUUAUCCGCAGCGUGCACGCGAUGUGUCGGGCCAUGAUUCUAGGUUAGAAAAUUCGCGAGUGCGGAAGAAACGUGCGCGCGCGUGCGUGCGUUCUUCGACUCUGUUCCAGGGAGGAAGUCUCGUACUUUUCUCUCGCGGCACUUAUCUCCUAUAGAAAGAUAAGACGACAGAUAAAUGUCCAGGAAAUAAGGCUGAACUUUAAUCGAUGCCGAGCAUCGUCUUCUUUCGGAAAAGGAAGCGAUAAGGAAAAAAUCAAAACCUUGCCUCGCUGGAGGGAUACGUGCCGAGCCUUUAUUCUAAAUUUCCAGGACGAAGCUGUCUGCCCUCGUCCAUAAACAAAAUGUCGAUUAUAAUUCAAUACGUGGACCGGUUCCACGAAAUCUUGGACAAACACGCAGACGCACGAACGACGAACUGGCUAUUGAUGAGAUCUCCCUUUCCAACUCUAUUCAUAUGUCUUACUUAUAUAUACAUCGUCAAAGUUUUGGGACCAAAGCUGAUGGAAAAUCGAAAGCCCUUUCAACUGACGAACGUUCUCAUAGUUUAUAAUUUGUUCCAAGUGAUCUUCUCGGCGUGGCUCUUCCAUGAGUGCCUGAUGGGUGGAUGGUGGAGCCACUAUAGUUUCCAUUGUCAGCCUGUGGAUUAUUCGAACAGCCCGACCGCAAUAAAGAUAGGAAUGUCCGGAUGGCUGACUGGAGAGUAUUCUUUAAAGUGUCAACCUGUAGACUACAGUGAACGACCCCAAGUACUAAGGAUGGUGCACGCCAGUUGGUGGUAUUACUUUUCGAAAUUUACGGAAUUCAUGGAUACGAUCUUUUUUGUACUGAGAAAAAAAAACAACCACGUGUCGACGCUUCAUGUUAUCCAUCACGGCUGCAUGCCAAUGUCCGUCUGGUUUGGCGUUAAAUUCACUCCUGGCGGUCACUCAACCUUCUUUGGAUUACUCAACACCUUCGUACACAUUGUCAUGUACACGUACUAUCUACUAGCCGCUCUAGGGCCAAAAAUACAGCCUUACCUCUGGUGGAAAAAGUAUCUUACGGCCUUCCAAAUGAUCCAAUUCGUAUUAAUAAUGAUACACGCCUUCCAAUUGCUCUUCAUCGACUGCGAUUAUCCGAAAGCCUUCGUCUGGUGGAUCGGCAUGCACGCCAUUAUGUUCUUCUUCCUCUUCAACAAGUUCUAUCAGCAAAAUUAUCAACAAAAGAAGACUACUAAAAAGAUGACAAGUAAUGGUAUUGCAAAUGGCAAAGCGUACGGCGUCAUCUCAAAUGGCAAUGUCGCCAGCAACGGCACGAUAAGAAGGGAUGCUGCGGAUUAUUACGUUAAAGGAGAGAGUUUAGCAGCGACGGAAUUCAACCUUCGAAAAGGUUAUCUUUUGAACGAGUGACCCAAGCAAAAAAUUCAUCGUCGUUGUUCUUCCUCUUCUUUGCCACCAAAUGCCUUCAAGUCACAUCGAGAGCUCGUUAAAAUGAUAACCGCAACGUGGAUCUCUCCUCCUUGGCUCAUCCAUCUUCCUCAUUUGAUAUUCAACACUAUUGUUUUUUUUAUCUCUCCAAACGUUGUCCCGUCCUUUAAACUUUCACUUCCUCUUCCUUGCCUUCAUAGGUACUUUUCCAAAAUCUACCGAGUUAAAGUUAAAGACGAAAGGAGAAUAAUUUUUAUUCGACCAAAAUUCGCUUUUUCAUCCUCUUUCCCCUUUAUCCCGUUCGAAAGGUAUAUACGUAUAUCGUUGGAUGACACGUGUCUUUUUAAAAAAGAGGAGAUUAAAGGGAAGCGCGCGUCAGGGCCGUCGCGUCUACAACAAAAGCACAUGCUUACAAGUACGUAAUGACGAUUUCGUUUCGCGAUAUCGUCUCUCUUGGGAUUUCUUUUCUUUUUUUCUAUAAAUCAAAUGAUAAUAAUUAAUCGAUACGUUUAAGAUACGCGUUUCCGUAUCUUGGAAAUACUUUACCGCAAAACUCUCGCUAUCGAAGGAAUCGUGACGGUGGAAGGAAAUCCUCUUAGAGAUCGGUUAACUUUCUUAUUCCAUCGUUCUUUUUACUCGUUUCCUCGUUGCAUUCCAUAAGAUUUGCGAUGUGAAUAUUAUUAUUUCGACUUGCUCGAACGAAUAGCUUCGUGAGAAUAUCUGACUUGUUAAAGUGGAAUAUAUAGGCGAGCUCGCGAUGCGUCUAAUGUUGUACAUAAUAAAUUGAACGGGCAGUAAUGUUAAACGAUGAGGAACAAUGCAACCGUAAGCGUAGCGACUUGUGUCGUGUCUCGCGCGUCCACGUGUAUCUGUCUGCUGUUUGUCUGUCUGUCUGUCUGUCUGUCUGUCUGUCUGUCUGUCUGUCUGUCUGCUGCUGUGUGUGUGUGUGUGUGUGGAAUAGAAUGCGUGCGUGCGUGAAUGCCAUGACGUCGCGCAAAGCGAAGGAAACCGUGGUCUCGAUGAUGUUUUUCAAAAAAGAAAAAGAAGAAAAAAAAAGAAAGACAUACGUAUAUGUGUGCGUGCAUGAGUGUUUGUGCGUGUAUAUGUAUACUCUAAGGACGAUCGUAAUCGUACUUCUGGUUACUCGUUCACCAGCUCGUUCGAUUUUUCGACUUCAUUUUUAUUCGCAUUACAUUCAAUUACGACCACCAAUUUCACUCGCUUUGGAUGUCUCUCGUACAACCCUGUAUAUAGAUAGAUUAGUUUUGUAUUAUCUAGAAAGAUCGAGGUAUAUGAUGCUAUGCCGUCAAUACACCACUAAUGAAAUGAUAUAUACAUGUGUGUGUGUACGCGUGCGCGCGCGUGCCUGCGUGCGUGAGAAUGAAUUAAAGGGGAUGAUAAUGCGAUUACUUCCUCGAGAAUAUAAUCUUUGGAGAUAGUAAAUAAGCGCACGAUAAUCAUAAUUAAUGUGCGCGUGCAUAUUUGUGUGUACAAAUGUUAACACUCGUCGAGAUCAAAGAAAUAUUGUUUUACAUAUUUGCGGCUAUGUACAUAAGGAUUCUUCGAUAAUGCGCCCUCUACAAUAUCUUUUGAAAAGAUAGCUUUAUUAUUACUUUCUUUUUCUCUCUGCCCAAAAAGGAUCAUUUGUUCGGUCCCCCUCUCGUUACAUUUGAACGAGAUUAAGAUCUCUAUUAAAAGGAAAGAAAAUAAUAAUAAGGAGAAGCUGCUAAUUAUUCUUCUUUCUAUCGGCAGGGAAUUUGAAGUUGUAUCGUUAUAAAUAUUCCUCCGCAUUCAAAAGCCGACUUAUUGUAUCACACGUGAAUACUGCCUAGUUUGUAUUUGAAAUAUUCAGUCAAAUCGGGGUGGGUUAAUAAAGUAGGAGAGAAUUGUACAAUAUUAUAUUCUUAUAUAGGGGUAUGUUUUAUAGUCAAGUUUAUGAAUUUGCGAUGAGUCCGUUCGCGACACAUGAUGUAUUUUUGUUAAUAAUAAAAUACUAUGCAUUAUUGGAA